AAAGGAUGUGACAUCACGUUACGUUAUCACCUGAACGAGCCGCCAUAUUCCCCGUGGCUCGCACAGCCAGCUGGUUUGCUGGAGCGAAGUUGCAGGUUUCUAAUUUGUUAAAGAAAGUUUUCCUCAACGCUACGAUUUCGUCUGUCGGAGUCGAAAUGGGUGGCAAUCAGUGCUGCGUUAUAAGCUGCAGGGCUUUCUCCCACGACCACCAAGGCAGAAAACUGGACAACGGGUUGUCUUUUUACCGUUUCCCGGCGUGGAAGCAGACCGGGGGAACCCAACUCUCUGACAUAACAAAGAGACGUCGGAUGGCUUGGAUAGCCGCGGUGGGACGGUCCGACUUAACUUUCGACAAAAUCCCUGUAUCAAUGAAGGUGUGUUCGCGGCAUUUCCAGUCAGGUCAGCCAGCCAAUGAUAUGCUUGAGGAGGACGCUGACUGGGUGCCCCAUCUGCUCCUGAAGCAGGACGAGCCCAGCGAGGCCACCACCACCACCACCACUGGCGCAGGUGGAGAUGGAGACGAGCUACAGGAGCUCGACGAGGACAUUCAGAAUGGCGAGACGGGCGGCGGCGGUGUGGGCGGGGAGCGGUCCGAGUGCGAGUUCUGCUCGGUGCGGCGGGACCAGAUCAACCGUCUGCUGGCGGAGAACCAGGAGCUGCGCUACGAGCUGGAGCGGCGGCGCUUCGACGAGCUCUUCCUGGAGGAGGACGACGACAAGGUGCGCUACUACACCGGGCUGCAGUGCUUCGCCGUGCUCAUGGGCAUCCUCCAGCACGUCCUGCCCCACCUGUCUGCCGCCGCCGACGACGAACACCGCCACGCCUCCGCCACAGACACGACCUCCACGACCUCAUCGCCGUCGACGACGACGCCGCAGCUCUCGCCCUUCCAGAAGCUUCUCCUCACGCUGAUGCGCCUGCGGCUGGACCUGCCCGUGGGCCACCUGAGCCACCUGUUUGGCGUUGCCCCGGAGACGGUGACGCGCGUGUUCCAUGCGACGGUGCAUGCGCUCCACGCCCAGCUCAGCCCGCUGGUGCACUGGCCUGAGAGGAGUAGCCUGCUGGCCCCGUGCCCCCGGCCUACGCCUCGUCCCUGGGGCACGCAGCCGCCCGCCGCCGCUGUCGUCAUGCUGGACUGCCUGGAGAUCCCCAUACAGCGGCCCAAAAGCAUGAAGGGACGAGAGCAGACCUACUCCUACCAGCGACACACCUACACCAUGAAGUACCUGGUCGCCAUGACGCCGCAGGGGGCCAUUGCCUUCAUCUCGCCUGCCAUUGGGGGACGGGCCACCGACAUGCAGGUUGCGGAGGCCAGCGGGAUCCUGGAGCGGCUCUCGAGCGGAGACUACGUGCUGGCAGAGCGCGGCUUCGAGCUCAAGGAGAGCGCGGGCGUCAUGUGCGCGCAGGUGAAGUCGUCGGCGUUCGGGAAGGGCCGGAGGCAGUUGGACGUGAAGCGCCCGGAGGAGACGCGGGCGCAGGUGGCGAACGUACGGGCGCACCUGCAGCAGGUGGCGGAGGCGAGCCGGGUGCAGCAGCACUUCAUGCUGCUGGAGAGGAUGACGGUGCCCGUCAACAUGCUGCUGCCCCCCCCAUCAGGGGGCGCCGACCAGCUGCCGCUGCUCGACAAGAUCGUCACCGUCUGCUGCGCCCUGCUGAACAUGUGCCCCAACAUCCACGAACUAUCAGCUGAGUGAGUGUGUGUGUGUGUGUGUGUGUGUGUGUGUGUGUGCCCCAACAUCAACAAACUAUCAGCUGAGUGAGUGAGUGUGUGUGUGUGUGGGUGUGUUUGUUGCUGAACAUAUGCUCCAACAUCAACAAACUAUCAGAUAAGUGAAUAAGAGGGUGUGUGUGUGUGCGUGCGCUGCGAGCUGCUAAACAUGUGCCUCAACAUCAUCAAAUAACCAGACGUGUGUGUGUGUGUGUGUGGAUAGAUAGAUCUAUGCGUGUGCAGUGUGUGUAUGUUAAACACGAACAACUUAUGAAAUCUGACAGCCCCACAGAUUGUCCUUUGUUGAAGACUCAGAAAAAG